GGGAACUGAUUUUUUUUUUUCCCUCCCUCCCCCCUCCCUCCCCCAAUCCGUUUUCAUUGGCUCCCAUGAAAGGUCAGGAUCCAGCGCAUGUCAAUGGACCCCCAGGGCAUCUUGAAGGCAUUUCCCAAACGGAAGAAAAUUCAUGCAGAUCCAUCCUCAAAAGCACUUGCAAAGAUUCCCAAAAGGGAGGCGGGAGAAGCUAGAGGCUGGCUGAGCUCUCUGAGGGCCCACGUUAUGCCCACUGGCAUUGGACGAGCCCGGGUUGAACUCUUUGAGAAGCAGAUUAUCCAGCAUGGUGGCCAGGUGUGCUCUGCCCAGGCCUCAGGAGUCACUCACAUUGUGGUGGACGAAGGCAUGGACUAUGAACGGGCUCUCCGGCUCCUCAGGCUGCCGCAGCUACCCCCUGGUGCCCAGCUGGUGAAGUCAGCCUGGCUGAGCCUGUGCCUGCAGGAGGGAAGGCUGACAGACACGGACGGAUUCAGCCUUUCCAUCCCCAAGAGGUCCUUGGACGAACCACAGCCCAGCAAGUCAGGCCAAGAUGCUUCUGUUCCUGGCACCCAGGGAGAUUUACCCAGGACAACCCUCUCUCUUUCCCCUCCUCACACCAGAGCUGUAUCUCCUCCCCCAAAGGCAGAAAAGCCACCAAGAACCCAAGCUCAGCUCAGCUCAGAGGAUGAAGCCAGCGAUGGGGAAGAGCCCCAAGUUAGCUCAGCAGAUCUGCAAGCCUUGAUCAGUGGGCACUACCCAGCUCCCCCUGGGGAAGAUGGUGGGCCUGACCCAGCACCAGAAGCUCUGGAUAAGUGGGUCUGUGCACAGCCCUCAAGUCAGAAGGCAACCAACUACAACCUGCACAUCACAGAGAAGCUGGAAGUGCUGGCAAAAGCCUACAGUGUCCAGGGAGACAAGUGGCGGGCCCUGGGCUAUGCCAAGGCCAUCAAUGCCCUUAAGAGCUUCCACAAGCCUGUCAGCUCCUACCAGGAGGCCUGUAGCAUCCCGGGAGUUGGCAAGCGGAUGGCGGAGAAGGUGAUGGAGAUUCUCGAGAGUGGGCAUCUGCGGAAGCUGGACCACAUCAGUGACAGUGUGCCUGUCUUGGAACUCUUCUCCAACAUCUGGGGAGCUGGGACGAAGACUGCCCAGAUGUGGUACCAUCAGGGCUUCCGAAACCUAGACGAUAUCCGAACACUGGGCUCCCUGACCGCCCAGCAGGCCAUUGGCUUGAAGCACUACGAUGACUUCCUAGACCGCAUGCCCAGGGAGGAGGCUGCAGAAAUCGAGCAGACGGUUCGGAUGUCAGCCCAGGCCUUCAACCCUGGGCUGCUGUGCGUGGCCUGUGGCUCGUACCGACGGGGGAAGUUGACCUGUGGGGACGUGGACGUGCUCAUCACCCACCCCGACGGCCGGUCCCACCAGGGCAUCUUCAGCCGCCUCCUUGACAGCCUCCGGCAGCAAGGGUUCCUCACAGAUGACUUGGUAAGCCAGGAGGAGAACGGGCAGCAGCAGAAGUACCUGGGUGUGUGCCGGCUCCCAGGGGCAGGGCAGCGCCACCGGCGGCUGGACAUCAUCGUGGUGCCCUACAGCGAGUUUGCCUGUGCCCUACUCUACUUCACCGGCUCCGCCCACUUCAACCGGUCCAUGAGAGCUCUGGCCAAGACCAAGGGCAUGAGCCUGUCAGAGCAUGCUCUUAGCGCAGCCGUGGUCCGGAACAGCCAAGGUGUCAAGGUGGGGCCUGGACAAGUGCUGCCCACCGCCACAGAGAAGGACGUCUUCAAGCUCUUAGGUCUGCCCUACCGAGAGCCGGCUGAACGGGACUGGUGACCCAGGACUUGAGCACGGGGAAACCAUGUUGGAUGAGCUGCCUCGUCUAGCCACCUCCACCCUCUUAGCUUUGCCCUCCGUGAGCCAAGCCAGGAGCUUUGGGUAUGCAGGCAAGAGUCAGCCUGAUUCUGAGAGCCUGCUGUCUCCUGGACAGAAUUCUGCUGCUGUCCCCUCUGCGCCCCUCUGCUCCUGGUGGCAGGAUUUCACUGGGCCCCUUCCAUGUUCAAGCAGAGGAGGUGGCUGGUUUCAAGCCGGUUUCCUGUGCCGAAGGCCCAAGCUUUCCACCCCAAGACUGAUGUAGACGUGGGGGGUCAAGAGAGGCUGCAGGAGAGCGAGGCAGCGGUGCGUCCAGCAUCUUCCCAGAGCCUUCACAGUCGAGAAAGCCAUGUGGAUUCUCUCAGCCACUCACUUCCUGUGCAGCUGGAGCUGCUGGGGGUGGCCUGCCCAGACUGAGGGUGUCUUUUAAGGGCCCUGGGGCCUAAUAAAGUGCUUCUGACAUCCAA